AUGCUCAAGUUAGCCACCAGCCCACCACAAUCUUCUUUACCAUGGCCAAACCCAUCGCAACCUUUCCUACAAUCAUUAGGGAAACAUGUAGAUGAAAACCUCAACGUUCACAUCAUUAGGCUUGUUUCACAGACACACUCAUUCACAACGUUCAUCAGAGAGAAGAGUUGUGACCCUUCUCCGAUCUCUGCUCCAUACUUCCUAUCGCUGACGCCAACCACUCCUCUAUCCGGAGUAGAUACAGCAACCGCGGACAUGUUGUUGCUAAUGGUGAAUGCGGUGGUGGAGAGAAAUUAUUUGUUUACUACAUAUGUUAGCCGCGUACAUGUUGUUGCUAAUGGUGAAUGCGGUGGUGGAGAUGGCAGUGGCUGUGGUGACGGAAGGGGUGGAUACGGUGUCGAAAGGGGCAGAGGGGGUGACAAAGAUGUUGACAGUGUUGGCGGUGAUAGAGGUGGCAUAGUGGUGGUGGUGGACGGGUUAGUAGCGGUGGGGGAGAGGUGGCGGUGGUGGGGAUGUCAGUAG